AUGAUUACAAGAGCGCGGAACAUAGGGGCCUCGCGGCUGCUGCGUUUAGCUGGAAAACGGUUCACAGCCACAGUCUCUGCGUCGACGCCUCUUGAGCCAAUCAUCGAGGACACCAUUAAAACCAUCGGACCCAUCAGCCUGUCCAAGUUUAUGAGAACAUGUCUUACCCACCCGGAACACGGCUAUUACAUACACAAGGACCCUUUGGACGCCGACAGCGGCGACUUUAUCACUGCGCCGGAGAUGUCUGUGGCGUACGGAAUGACCUGCGGGCUGGCAUUUGUGCGAAUGUUUCUUGCCCAGCUGCAAUACCAGAGUCGACACAGCCCUGAUUUCAAGGUCAAGGACAAUGUUUUCCGCGUGAUCGAGUUUGGCCCGGGCAAGGGCUCCAUGAUGAAGGGACUUGCCAUGGUUUUCAAGCAGUACAUAAUAGACAACCCCGUGGAGAUCGUGAUGGUGGAAAAGUCGGACAUUCUUAUCAGGGAGCAGCACAAGCUGUUGUGCAAGGCUCAGGAGCUGCAACAGAUCGACGAUUACAACUUCAAAAGUGUCACAGAGUGGGGGCAGCCGAUCACGUGGCAGAAAAACGACCUUGUCGAGCUGGAUCUCGACCCCAGGUACAUGAACUUUGUCGUUGCUCACGAGUUCUUCGACGCCCUGCCCAUCGACCGGUACAUCAAGACCAAGCACGGAUGGCGAGAGUAUUUGGUGGAUGUGCGGCGGCCAGAAGCAGGCAGACCAGGCAAGUUUGGGCUCGUGGUGGCCCCCCAUGCCACGCCCGGGUCGUUCAUUCCGGCCACCAACGAACGCUACAAUAAGCUGGCCGUCGGGGCCAACGUGGAGAUCUCGGCAGACGCUCACAUGUACGCGUCGCAGUUUGCCAAAAUCAUCAACUCUGGCGACGUGGGUGGAGCAUUAAUCAUAGACUACGGCCCAAAGGAUACGAUACCGAUAAAUUCUCUGCGGGGCAUAAAGGACCACAAAUUUGUGGACCCGUUUUCGGAGCCGGGCAAGAUCGACCUUUCUGUGGACGUCGACUUCCUGGAGCUGAGCCGGCUGUUUGAGUCACAGGGACUGAAAACAGUGAUAGAAACGCAAAGCCACUUCCUCAACUCGUCGGGACUGCCCAGCAUCUUGGGCGGUCUUGCUUUCAGCAUGAAGGAGCACCAGCAGCGGUUCGAGACGCUCUACCAACGCCUCACCGGAUCAGCCCCACAGGACAUGGGAAGAGCAUACAAAGCGCUGCAGGUUUACAAGAACGCCAACAAAACUACGUGA